UAGCUCGCUGGCUCGUUUUGCAUUAUCCAGUCUCCCAGUCGCUGCGAGGCCGUGGGUUUUGCGCGACCACCGAUCGCACAAAUCUAAAUUGGGGGGUUUCUAAUAGGCAUCAAACUGUUCUCGCCGGCUUUAUGAUUUAGUUUAAGAGGCGAGGUGGGAGUAUAAGGGUAUGCUAAUUAGUGGGAGAUUUUUGGGGAGGGGGUGGAAUAUCAUUUUUUAUUGCAUCACCUGUCAGUCGUGUCCAAUCAGCGUUGGCUUUAGAGGAAUUAAUUGAUGAAGGUGUCUCCGGACGAGCUCGCCUCACUCUGUCAUUUUAUUUGUAGCCCGAGCCGCGGCGGGAGCAGACGUAGUGUGUGUGUGUGUGUGUGUUUUUUUUUUUUUUCUCCUCCUUAUUCUCUCUCUCUCUCUCCCUCAUUCACAUUUCCUUCUCUCUACGCAAAUAGCAAACCAAAUGAGAGCCCGUGGCAGGUAUUGGAGCGCACGCAGACACCCAGACGCAUCAGAGUGCUCGGCUCCUAGCAGCAGUAGCAGCAGCAGCAUCAGUUGCUAUUAUGUUCUUCUCGGUUUUACGGAUUAAUUUUUCAAGAAACUUUUCCGCUUGUGAAGAUCCAGGGAUAUUGGCAGUUUGGCUUUGUUUUUUACGACAACAUGCCAUGAGACGUUGCCCAUUUGCAGCUGGAUUUUGCUGUUGCCAGAUGUGGGGAAUAGUACAAUAGACGAUAUGGAAGACUUGGAGUCGGGCUACGAGGAGGUGGACGGCGUGAGGCUCGGCUACCUGGUCAUUAAGGGGAAGCAAAUGUUCGCCCUCUCCCAAGUUUUCACCGAUUUGUUGAAAAACAUCCCGAGAACUACUGUCCACAAGCGAAUGGACCACCUAAAUGUGAAGAAGCAUCACUGUGACCUGGAGGAGCUCAGGAAGCUGAAGGCAAUAAAUUCGAUCGCUUUCCACGCAGCCAAGUGCACUCUGAUUUCCAGGGAGGACGUCGAGGCGCUGUAUACUUCUUGCAAGACGGAGCGGGUGCUUCGGAGCAAAAGGAGGGGGGCACGACCACCGCGGAACGUCUCUUCAAAGGAGCAGCUCCCCCCGAGCCCACUGAGGAGUUUUUGGAAAGAAAACAAAGUUUGGCUCAGCCUGCACGGCAGUCCCCGGCCUCCCUGGCAGCCGGAGGAAGGGCGCUUGAUCCCCUCCCCCUCCCCUCUUCUACCUCACAUUUACAGCGCAUUGUCCGGCCAUGCCUAUCCGCCGCCACGCAAGGAGCUCCACGACUACGGCUCCGCGGCGGCUCUGCUCCCCGGCCACUAUGUAGCGUUCCACCCCGCACACUCGCUUUUCCGGAGCGUGUUCGGCCAGACCGCGGCUGCCGCCUCCAUCGCGUCUCAGCCCCCGCCGGACGGCAAGCCGCGCAGAAAGCACUCGUGGGCUCCGGGGGGCGCCGGCCCGAGGCUGCUGCUGCUCCCCAAAAGCGUGACCGGCGCGGCCUUCCAGCUGCAGCACGACGGCUUCUACGAGGGCUACAGCAGCGACUCGGACUCCAGCUCGGACUCGGACUUCGGCUCCAGUCUGUCCAGCUCGUCGGAGGAUGACGAGUCCCCGUCUGAGUCCUCGGAGUUCACGUCCAACCCGGACAGCUCGUCCGAGUCGGACUCCAGCUCGGCGUCCAGCCGCGUCUCGGCGCACAGCAUCCGCUUCAGGCGCGCGGCGUUCGCCGGUGGCGUCCACGGCCAGCCGGGUGCCCACCACGGGGCCCCCGCGCCACCCGGCCGGGGGCUGCAAGGCGCCGUCAAGCAGCGGGAGCGCGAAUGGUCGCCCAGAUGCCCGCCGGUGAUUUGCUACUCGGGGGCAGCGGCGCUCCGGCGACCGGCAGCCCCUUCACCUGAGCCAAAGCCAAGCCCGGCAGAAGCACAACAAAGAGCACCAGGCGCCGCCAGCAAAUGUCCUCGAGCGGGCGGCUCGCACUGCGCGCAGCACAAUGAAACAAUAGCCGGCGCCAAGCCCUCGGUGGCUCCAUUAGCUGGAAAUCUGAAGAAGGAGCUCAUUAGCGCGUCGCUGUGGCGCACACCCGAAUUCCCGAAUGUAAAGGCAGAAAACGAAGAGACGAGUCCAGAAGCGGGACAGGGCCAGGCCAACCUCCUGCAGCGGGUCAAAAUCAAAGUGGAGGAAUGCGACUUGGACUUGGACUACCACCGGCCCGAAGGUGCCCGCGAGUGCAAAGCCGACGACCGAAAGCCCCCUUCUUCUUCUUCUUCUUCUCCUCCUCCUCCUCCCGCCGCCCGCAGCGACGGAGACGACUUUAAGGACACUUUAAUCCCGGGUGGGGAUGGCCCGACUGUUUCUACGUGCACUGAAAGCCCAACCACUUCUCACAAUCAGGACCUGGAAUGCACUUUACUGGACCCUCCCGGCUCAGAGGACGGGGACUGCGAAGAUGGUGCUAGGCUUAGGAAAAACUGUAAGACCCUCGCUUUGGGAAAGCGAUCUGCACUAGACACAUGUCCAGCAAAAGUCCCCGCCAAGGCGGAGAGGAGUCCCCGCUCCGCGGCCAAAGGCGACUUUUAUGAAGGAACACUGGAAGACGUCUGCACGGCGUCAUCGAAGCGCAAACGAGUAGCCAGCGGUGUAGCACCGGCGCCCAGGCGGCCCUUUAACUUCAUGGCGAAUUUCCCAUCUCCGCCGUCGCUCGUAAUCGGCGUGGACGGCGACCUGAGACCGGCGUAUUCUCUGAACUCCGUGAAAGAUCUGCAGCCGCCUCACAGGGCCCACCCAGUUUGGAAAUGGCAGCUGGGGGGCUCUGCGGUGCCUCUGCCGCCCAGCCACAGAUUCAGGAAGUUUAACGUUUGACGUUGUGUUUUUUUUUUUUUCUUCAUUUGAUUUUUUUUUUUUUGCCUUUUUGGAACGAUUGUUGGGAUGGAUACGAAUCUGGUGCGCGCGCACACGUGUGCGUGCGUGCGUGCGUGUGCGUGCGUUGGAUUGGGAUGCAGCGAUUGUAGCAACUCAACUGUGAGGAUACGGAGCACAUUUGAAAGUGGUAUGAAGACCCCGCGCUCGCCCCCCCUGGAUGGUUAAGACUUUUUUUUUUUUUUUAAUAUUACGGAUUUCUCAUUCCAAGAUGAAACUUCUACACGCGUUUUCCUGGAGAUGGAAAAUGGAAUGCUUUAUUAUAUUUGAAUAACACCGAGUACCUCAAAGAUUUCUUCAGACACAAAUUAGCAAUGAGCCAUUUAAUUUAUGCACUAGGGUUAUCGCAUCAGUGAUUUACUUGCUGGACUGACUACACACUUUCAUUAUGAGGAGUAGUAGUUUUGUUUUUUUGGUUUGGUUUCUCUUUUUUAUGGAUGGAACUAUUUUGGAACACAUUUGCUGCACUGUAAUGAAAUGUCUUUAUUCUGAAAUAUAAAUGCAAUUUAAUUUAUGUGCGGAAGCACUUGGGACUUUUUCAAAAUGAAUUCUUGUGUUGAGUGAAUAGCAGGUCGUCGUCGCCAGUCGCUCUGUGUCCGCCUGUCAAUCACUGGGGGACUUGGAUUUGUUAUUGAGUUUUGACUUUGUGGUGACGUCACCAGCAGCUUGAUUGGUUUGGGCCUUUUUAACCCCGUGACGUCACCAGGCAGGCAGAACGUGACAAUCGGCGUGUUUACAUUUGCACACACCUCAGUCCAAGUGAAGCCAUCAUGUCGGGUAGUCGACAAUCAGUCACUUGUAGGAAAUGGACGUCUGUCUGUCAAAACGAUGUGAAUAGCGGAGCCUUUGGUCCGUUUGUCAGGUGUCUUUUGUCCAUUUAGCUGGUUAGAUCUUUUUGUUCGCGUCUCGUGGAAAGGUGAGGCUCCACAAGAAAGGAAUCAAAGCCGAACGUGGCAGGGAUAUUUUACAUGAAAGGUUGCCUUUUUUUAUUAAAGAUAUGCCUUUUUUGGAAAAUAAAACGUUUGCUACUUCAAUUUGCCUUUGCCCAAGUGCCAGCUUUUUGUGGUGUGCGUGUAUCUCCUCAUCCACGACCCCUCACCACACAAGAGCCACUGAGACCCCCAAAUAUGCACCUUUAAAAGUGUGUGUGUUGUACUAGGGUGUUGGCCAUUAUGGAUGUAGUGUGACGUUAAGCAGAAUGAUCCCUUUUAUUGGCGAGAUGGCAUACAGAAGGGACCUGAGUUGCCUUGAAAGCCUGUGAUAUUGUAAUCUUUCUAGUUCGCCAAUAAAAGGGGACAUUCUGCUUAACCUCUCAAUACAA